AUGGGACAACAAGAGUGCUCAUCCGAUUUCUCUUUUAACAACAUUACCAAAAGAAAGAAUAAUGUUUUUAAUUUUAUUUCCUUCAGCGACACAGAAGGAAAAGAAGAGAAAAGAAAAUGUCUUAUAGAUAUCGAAGAAGGAAACAUUCUGAAAAAAAGAAAAGUAAAAAAAUGUUCCACACGAUUAAGAAAGAUGGUUCGUCUACGUAACAUCAAAUCCAACGUUCAAAAUGUUUCGGUCGAAGAUUUGUUUAAAAAAUAUGAUCAGAAGGAUGAAAAAAAAUAUUUUUGUUUUGAUGAGAAGAAUGAUAAGAACGGAAAAAUAUACACUUUUGUAAAUUAUGAAUAUGUACAAAUUUUGAAGAAGGUAAAAGAAUUAAAUGAUUGUCUCACAUCCUUUUUAAGGAAAAAAAAAGGAGAUACAUUAAAGGUGGUGUAUGAUUUGUGUGAUAAGGAAAAGGUACCAAAGGAAAGGGAAGGAGAAAAAGAAAAAAAUGGAGGUUAUUAUAAUGAAUAUGAUAAUAAGUAUGAUAAUAAUUAUGAUAAUAAUUAUGACAAUAAUUAUGACAAUAAUUAUGACAAUAAUUAUGACAAUAAUUAUGACAAUAAUUAUGAUAAUAAUUAUGACAAUAAUUAUGAUAAUAAUUAUGACAAUAAUUAUGAUAAUAAGUAUGAUAAUAAUUACGAUAAUGAUAAGAAAAAAUUGGAAAUACUGGAAAUACUCGAUAAAGAGAAAAUACCCGUAUGUAGCCCAAAAGAAUAUUUUACAAAUAUAACAAAAGAAUAUACACUAUAUAAUAAAAAAUACAAAAUAAUUAAUAUGAUAUAUGUGAAAGAAGGUAAUGACGGGAGUUGUGAAAAAAUGAAUUAUAAAAAAAAAAAAAAGAAUUCAAUAAAAAGAAAAAUACAAAAAAUAUAUAUAUGUCCAAAGGAAACAUUCUUUAAUCCUUUUUUUAAUAAUUUUAUAACAUAUGAACAUGGAAUAAAAUUAGAAAGACAUUUAACUAAACACUUAUGUCAUCGAAACAUUGUUUUAAUGGAUUCCUUCUUUUUUUUUCAUAAUUAUAUUGUUACAAUGUACCCCUUUGGAGGUUAUCCUUUAAUGGUAUGGUGUAAAGAAAAAGAGAAAUUCGUUUUAGGAAAUGAAGAAAGAAAAAAAAAAAAAAAAAAAAUUAUGAGUAUACCUGAAUUUUUAGGACAAUAUCAUAAUGUUCCCCAUGUAUUCAAAGAUUAUAUGAGUUCCAAUGAUUUUAUAAGUGGUAUAAAUAAUAUAAAUGAAUCAGAUGCUCUUUUUAAUAACAUACAAUAUAUAAACCAAGCGAAUGACCAAGAAGAAAACAAAUUGGAACCUUAUGAUAAAGGGAAUAUUUCAAUGAAUUAUUUGAAUGUACCACAUGAUAAGGAACAUGUUUUAAAAGUUUAUACCUUUUUUCCACAAAUAAUUGAUAAUGAUUAUUAUAAUGGUAUGCCUCAUGGGAUAGUCAGGAAUACAAAAGGCACACAAAGAAAUGAAAAAUGGGAUAUAGAAAAAAAAAAAAUGAAUAAAGAUAUGAAGGCAUUAAAAAGGAAAUUAAAGGUUAUAAACGAGAACAAAAGAAAGGUAAAAAGAAAAAUAAUAAAAAAGGAAAUGAAAAAAGUAAAGAAAAUGAAAAAAGUAAAGAAAAUGAAGAAAAUAAAAAAAGUGAAGAAAAUGGAAAAAAUGGAAAAAAUGGAAAAAAUGGAAAAAAUGGAAAAAAUGAAGGAAAUUAAAAAAAUGAAAAAAAUUAGCAAAAGUAACAAAAAAAUGGAAAAAAUGAAAAUAAUUUACAAAAGUAACAAAAUAAAUAACAGAAGGAAGAAAGAGUACAAGAAAAAACUUGCCUAUGUAUAUCCUCAAUAUGUAAUAGCUGAAAUAUUAAGACAAUUAUUAAAUGUUUGCUUAUAUUUAUAUAGAAACAAAAUAUUUCAUAGUGACAUCAAACCAUCAAAUAUCGUUAUAAAGAAUAUUCACAAAAAACAUAUGGAUAUAAUUUGUUAUUGUAAAAAAAAUAAAAUGUGGUAUUUAUAUAAAAGAGGGGAAAUAAUAAAAAGAAAAAUUUGUAUAAAAUUAAUUGAUUUUGAAUAUUGUCAAAUAAUAUAUGAUAAAAAUGGUUUAGUUAAUUCUGGUGGAACAACAUCAAUAUUUAAACCUUUAGAAGAUUUUAAAAAUAAAAACAUCUAUGCUCUACCAAAACUUGUAUGGAUAAUAGGUAUAACCAUUUUUAUUUUAUUAACAGGUACUCAUCCAUUUAGUAAAAUCAAUAAUGAUGUUCAUAUUUAUUUUAUUCUAUCUAAUAAUAAAUUCCAUAUAAAAAGAAAAUUAAAAAAAUAUCAUUAUCUUUCUCAACCUUGCAAAGAUUUAUUAAAAAAAAUGUUAACAAUAAAUUAUGAAAAUAGAAUAUCAUUCAUUCAGGUCUUUAAACAUUCAUUUACUCUUUUUGGAUAA